CUGUCACAAAACCUCAUCAUUGUUUAUGGCUGUUCACAGCAGUGUUCUUUUUGCUGUGAAGGCACAAUAUCUAUAUAUUAAGGGCAAGAUUGGGGCAUGUUUAGACCGUUUCUAGUGGUUUAGACAGCUUCUGGUUGGUUUGAAUUGGGCAAAAUAAAAUAGGCCUAUGUAGAAAUAGCCACAAGGUAGCGCCCUUCACUUUUUUCUGUUAAUUUAUCAAUAAAAGAAACGGAAUGCAAGCGAUGUUGAACAUUAUUUAUUUGUUAUCUUCAUUCAUUGUUUUGGAAUGUGGACGGCAUUUCUGUCAUAUUUGUGAUCAGGGACUUCUAGAUUAGUGAGCCUUUAUAUUCCCAAUUAUGGAUGCAGUGAGUUCAAUAUGAAACGGAAUGUUUUUCCCCACCAUUUAGCUAUAGCCUACAUUUACUGUUUACUCUUCUCUGUAGGCCUAUUCGUAUUUCUCUGUUAAAGUUAAUUAGGGCUCACGUUCUUCAGUCUUUAUCCCGUACGAACAGUCCGGUUACACACAAGCCUCAGAGACAGGAUUAUUUUAAAGUCUAAAUAAAUAAAUAUUUCAGGGGUGGUGAGGAUAUAAAUAUGUUAGUCCAUUUUUGUUGACUAACAUAUAACAACGUUUUUUAUUGUCUUAUUGAAAUAGUGUCACUAUUUAAAUUAUUUUUCCUGCAGUAGCUUACCUGUAAUUUUAGUAUGCAGACAAUACGUUUAAACGUUAGCUUACAAAGGGUUAGGGUGUGUAAAGACUUGCUUGGAAGGCUACGUUUUACUGCAGACUAGACGCUGCAGUAAUCAAUAGAGGGACAUGGACAAUGCUUGCCAUUUCGGUUGCACCCAUACACCAGCAACAGUAGCUAACCAAACACAAGGUGUUUCUGACACUUAAGAGAAUUUAGUUGAUAGGGUGUGGCAGCACAGCAUAGCCUAGAGUUCGUUUAAAGUACAAAACUCCUUAUUCGGCUAGGGCGAGAAAAGGUAGACUAUAGCAGUCGAGUUCGUACUCCACGUCCAGAAUGUAUUUCUCCUUUUUAAAUAAAUACAUUUGCCAGACAAUAAUAUUACAGAUAGAGCGGAACUGAGAGGAUUGGGCCACUUGAUUAUAGGUUAUGUGAAUAGGUUAUCAAUGUGAAACUUUUCGUUUUGCAAUGCGUUCAGCCAAUCAUCAUGGGCGACUUGAGAACGUAACGUUCAGACUAAAUAGUGUGUUAACAGCUUUUGGAUAGGUGGACUAAUCAGGAAGAGAUCAUAAUAGGAGUUUCAGUCUGGAUGUAGUUCGUCUGCAUUUACAUUUACAUGAUCUUUUUGGCUUCUUACUCUGUCCUGCUAUUCAAACUUGUGACAGAGAGACAUCUAAACGCACCUUCAGCAAUCAAGAGUCAAGAAAUCGAACCGUUGACUCAAUUACAUGGUGUUGAUUUUGAUUAUUUAAUAAUUUAAAAACAAAAUUAAGAUAAUGAAUAUGACUAGUCUCCAGUGACAUUAUCCUGUGACAUUAUUGUGCAGAGGAAAACGCUGACUACUGUCAUUCAAAAAAUAGAAACCCUCUUUUUUUAAAGCUGAAUGGCAUAUUGCUAUUACCGGUGGCGUCGGGUGCUCCUGUGCCUGUGUAUGCCCUGCAUCUUGCUGGCGUUGCUGAUUAUCUACAUUGCUUUGAUGGUGUGCUUCAACAUGACCUCCACCACCAGCAGUAUCUUAGGCGCAUUGGACACCCACUUUAUUGCCCCUGGUAGCUUUAGAAAUGAUGGUAAUGCCCCUAUACCCACCAAUACUUUUUGGGCCCUCCAGCCAAACAAGGACGCUCUCUGGAACCAGCUCCAGCGGCUCAUUGACCGCCAGUACAACCCUAUCCUGAGGUCCCACUCCACUGUGGGAGCCAGGAAAAGCAGCGUUGUAAACGACACAUCAGAGGGGUCCCACUUCUCAUUGAGCAGAGUGUCCUCUCAAAUGGCCGAUUUUGAAAAGCUGCCGAACCACGUGAGAGAUUUUGUGCGUUACAUGCACCAGAGGGAGUACCCCGUCCUCAGAGAGCCUACCAGGAGCUGUGAAAAAGGGGGAAGGGCAGAGGGCAAUCCGCAGACCCCUCUUCUCUUACUGGCCAUAAAAUCACAGGAAGAAAACUUUGCUAAUCGCCAGGCCAUCCGGCAGACGUGGGGCCAGACGGGCUGGGUGUUGGGGAAGCGGGGGAAGGGUGGGUUAGUCCAGCGGGUGUUUCUACUGGGGAAAAAUCGGGCAAAGGCAGCAUUAAAUGUGUUGCCACUGUUAGAGCUGGAAAGCCAGCAGUACCAGGACAUCCUCCAGUGGGGCUUCCACGACUCGUUCUUCAACCUCACUCUGAAAGAUGUGCUUUUCUGGGACUGGUUCUCCCACUUUUGCCCCCACACCCAGUUUGUUUUCAAAGGGGACGAUGACGUUUUGGUUCAAACUCCAGCCUUGCUGGACUACCUUCAGGAGCAAAUGAGCCAGGCAAGAGGGAUCAGGGGCCUGAGGAGCUUAAUAGUGGGGGACGUCAUUGGUGCAGCCAGCCCUAUCAGGGAUGAGUCUCUGAAGUACUUCAUUCCAGGCAGCCUCUAUAAGGGUUUGUACCCUGCAUAUGCCGGUGGGGGAGGUGUACUCUACUCUGGCUUGCUGGCCAGGCGUCUGAACCAGGUGUCCCGCAGAGUCCACCUCUUCCCAAUAGAUGACGUUUACGUGGGCAUGUGCCUUCAGAGGCUUAACGUCAAUCCCAUCCAUCACCCUGCAUUCCUCACUUUUGACUUUUCCAAAAAGGAAGCGGAGCAACCAUGCAGGUACCAUUCCAUCCUUGUUGUCCAUAAGCGAAGCCCAGCCCAGAUAACACAGAUUUGGAUGGAUCUCAUGGCGACAAAGUCUCAGUGCAGCAACGCCACACUGAGAGUGGAGGAGAGUGAUGGGAAAGGGGUUACAACGAAAUCUGCCAUAAAAUAUUAA